CUAAAGUUGCCAAGGGAAGUUGAACUGAAGUGCACUGAAGCGUUGGAGUUUUGAUUUGCUUUCGGACUCUCGCGGAUUAUAUUUACGCUAAUGCGUCAUGGUACUGUUUUUAAUUUUCUGUGCAUAAUUGUCUUCCAGCCUUGCCCCUGCCAUAAUUUACAAGGAAGGACGUAAACCACCCGGAUAUUUGCAGACGAUAUGGCAUUUCGCAGGCUAUUGAGCUUCAGUCAUGUUGGCAAUAAUUUUUGUCGAAAAUAUUGUCAAGGGGUAGCCAGCCGAGAUCCUUCACUGUAUUUCUUCAGCAGCAGAGUCCAAGAACUUCUUUUUCAGCUGAAUGACAGGCAACAUGAUCUGGUUUUCAAGCCCAGAAAGCUGGGUCAGAAGCUAGAGGCUCCCCAGUAUGUGUUCAUGACUGAUGAAGAUCUUGACAAGGAGCGCCGUCGGAUCGAGCAGCGUCUCCGCGAGAAGCUCCAGGUACCGCCCGUACUGGGCCCUCGGAAACCCAUCGAACGGGUCCUGGCCAAAGACCCGCGACUAGAAGGGCUGCACGACUCCAAGCUGGUCUGCAUUGAUAUCUCGCCAGAUCUAUCCGAUAGGAAGCGGAUGAUCACCGUGCGAGAGCCGGACGGUACGCUGCGGACGGCCAACUGGAAUGAGCGGGGCCGCAUCAACCAGAUCUUCCUGCCGGUCGACGGACGCACCGUCACCAUGCCGAAAAUGUUCGAGGAGCCUCAUCUGACGGAGUGCCUGGACCGAGAGGAGUACGUCUCCGUUCUGGACCGUGCCUGCGUCCAGUUCGAGCCCGACGACCCGGACUAUAUCCGAGUCACCAGCGCCACCUAUGACCACGUGGACGCUGCCCGACUCUACGAGCGCCUGCAGAGCACCCGGCACUUUGGUGCGCUGGCCUUCUACCUGACCUGGCACAGGCGCAUCGACAACCUUCUCCUCUACUUCAUCCAGCUUGAAAAGUUGGACCAAGCAGUGAAACUCAUCCAUCUGUAUCGGUUACUGCGAUCGGCGGAGCCAAUCAGCGAUCAGGCUCCGCCCACCAGGCAGGAAUCCAGCCAAUCAGACGGCUACUCGUCAUCGUCCGAGUCUGGCUCCGAGUCUGAGUCAUCGUCCUCGGACUCGGACUCUGAAGGAGUCCAACUGGACAUAAUUCGGGAUUACAUUGAGAACGCGUCGGUGAAGCGACCGGUGCUGGAGCUGGCGCUGCAGAAUUUCCAGCACCUCUCGGCCGAGCGGCGACGGGUGGAACGGGAACAGCGCAGAGCCGACGGCAGGCAGUGACCUGACCUGAGCUGACAUCGGGUGAAUGUCGGGUCGGACGGGCCCCGAACUCCGGAGACGGACCGGUGGGAUGGCCCCCUGACCCUAGUAUUUGUGAGAAACUGAAGGUGAGACAGUUGCUAAACAGAGCAGGCGAUAUUUGUUGUGUGGAGCUGGUCCUACGUUUGCCGGACUGAGACCAUCAAUGGGUCAAUUUUGUGAAGAGAAGCGUGAAAUGGCAUGUAUGUGCUCCAUUUAUAGUGUCUUUAGUCAGACUUGUUGGCGCAGAAUCGCAGUCUCCUCGAAUUAGUCGCGAAGCUGUGGUUUUCGUUGUCUUCAUUUUACUGUGUUCAAUCGGGCACAGCUUUUUUGAUAAUAUCGUUUGUAAUUUUGAUGCGUUUUAUUGUCGUUUCCGCCUUUAAUAUAAAAAACGGUAAAGGAGAACCGGUCAACAAAAUUUACAUCGAGCCGAACUCGAGCUUCAUAACAAGUUAUAUUGGCCGCCAUUCGUGCGUGCUCCGUGCCACUUGUCCAAUGAUUGUGUUCGGGGUUGAACCUGAGCGUGAUAGUGUCCGUAGCAAAAUACUGAAGCGACUUCGCAAUGAAAUACAGGAUGUCUGGACGGAAAUGCCA